GUUUGGAAGUCUGCACCACGCUUGACCACUACUGCUUUUGUUGAUUGCAUAUGGCGGAAGCUACAACGAUAUUGAUUGAUUCCGACGAUGAAACUGAGCAAGCUUCUUCAGCUACUGAAGUAUGCCGUGUCUGUGGAGCGGGAAAGGCAGCUAUGCACUACGGAGCCGUUGCUUGUGUAGGAUGCAAAGGUUUCUUUCGUCGCGCUCUGAUGAAAGCCGAUCAAUUGGAAUGCCAAGCAAUUGGAAAGUGCCCGAUACGAGCCGAUAUGCGAACUCAGUGCCGCAGCUGUCGAUUUCAGAAGUGCUUAGAAGCUGGGAUGAAGCCAGAAGCUUGUCGGCCUAAUCGUGAUUAUACUGGUAAGCAGAGGAAGAGGGCGACGGCAAUUUUGAAAAAAACAACAAAGGGAGAAAGCUCUGAGUCUUUGAAAAGUAAGGGCGACUGGAUGAAGAAAUUAACCGUGGAAAUGAGGACACUAUUGAUGACACUUCUAAACAUAGAAGCCAAAGUGAUGAAGGGUGAUACUAAUAUGGAUGCAUCGCAGCUAUAUCCUUUAAGAUUGAACACGAUUCGAGAAAUCAUCGACAACCCAAGCAAACUAAACGGCAAAAGGUCUGAGAUGCGCUAUGAACCAUUUCGAAUGGCAAAGAACAACGAACUUUCGUCUGUAGCUUACCGCCGCCUGAUUGCUGCUAUAGAUUGGGUUGAACAUCUGUGCGCAUGGAUGGGCGGCUUGAGCGUUGAAGACAAGAUCGUACUGGUCAAAAACGCUUUCGCACCACUGAUGGUGUUUAAAUUCGCAUCAAGAACCGCUGAAGUAUCAAAUGAUGAGAACAUACUUUGCUUGUGCAAUUUCGCAUAUGUGCCAAGGAAUAUUUCUCAGGCAUUCUCUGACAGUUAUCAUCUUGGGAAUGGACUAGUGGAUCGUGCUUUGGAUGAGCUUGUUCGACCUUAUCGGGCUUAUUGUCUGAGAGAAGAAGAAGUUGUCUGUGUUAGCGCUAUGAUAGUUUUGAAUCCAUUAGCCCGCGAUUUGUCAUCGGAAGCAUUCGAAAAGAUUUUCGAACUUCGCAAUAAAAUUGAGGAUACCUUGUAUGCAAUCAUCAAGGAAGCUCGGAUGAGUCAGCGUCCUGCGGUCAGCUUCGGGCAACUCCUGUUGACACUGCCAAUCGUAACGAUGUUGGCCAAUGCGAUGUGCGAAAAUUUGCAGUUUGCUCAAGUCUUCUCCAACACUGGGGAGAUUCCACUGCUGACCGAUCUGUUUGGAUGUUUCCCGGUCACACCUUUCCCAGAGGAAGAUAACAGAAAGGGAAUGGAAAGCUUGUCGCUCAACAAAGUCACCCUGAAAACAUGUGAAAAAGAAACUCAAACAGAUUUUUCAGCAAACAUGAAGAGAAAGCUAGUGAAGCGUCCUCACUUCAUGACCAAUCCCGUAGAUGACGAGCCUCAAAGAUUUAGAUUGUUGCAACCACCUGGCAAUUACACCCUGACAGAAAUGUUCGACGACCUACGUUGUAUCGGGGAUUCUCCUGCGACAAACAACGGUCCAUCAACGUCAUCGCAACUUCAAGAAACAUUAUCUACGUCUCAAACGGAUGUAAAUUUUACGCGAACAAAUUCUUGCGCUGAGUGCCCACAAUGCAGCUUUCGAUCUCAUCUCUCUGCGCCUCCUGCCAACUCUAAAACGAUGUCGGAAGAUCAUCGAAAUUUGACGCGGGCUUAUUCAACUCCAGCUGUGCUCUCCAAAGAAUCGCUUCAUUACCAACAGGUUCCAUUGCCGAUCUCGAACUUCAUAUCUCACCCACAUACUCAACAGUCUUCUCAUAUUUCUUCUUCUCUAAGUACAUGAAGAUUUAGGUUAUAGUACACGACCGGUGAUACUGAUUGUGAAGGUGUUUGCGUAAUCUAACCAUUUCAAAUAAAAUUG